AUGAGUUUGUCAGACUUGAAGAACAGCAUCUUGGAGAAGCUUGGCGUGUUGGGUUGCAAGUGGGUGAAGAAACUAUUCUACAAGAUUUCCAUGGCGGUUGUCUCGACCGGUGUUCAGUAUGAAACCUUUGCGGUUAAGGCUGAUGAAGAUAUUAGGGUUCUGUUCUACUGUGUAAGGAGUUUUCCGGAGAUCAGAAUCCAUGAGUUGUUCGCGAAGUUGGAGGUUGGUGUCGAUAGUUCUGGGGCAUCCGCUCCAGUUCCUUGCCCAGCUUCCGCGGGUGGUGCAUCUAGUUCGAUGCCUGCGGUCAGACCGUAUCUUCCGCCGGUUCAAUCACCUUCUUUUGCGGCUGAUUUAGACCAAACGGAGGUUGUUGGUUCUGUCCCUUUGGAGCAUGCAGCAGUCAUUGAGCCUCCCAACGUUGUGGGCACCGGUGGUGGCCUCGUGCCUUAUAUCGAAGAAUUUGGUGGACCUGAUCAAGUAGAGAAUGCAAUGCGUGACGAUGAGUCUGACCAGGAGCCUGUUCAUAUCGAUGGUGGCAGCGACGAAAACACAGGCUGCGAUCCACAUGCGCAGCAUCGGCCUUCAAGUUCUGGUUCUCAUCAAUACCCUCCACACUUCUCCACACUAAACUUGGAAGCUCUUGGUCAACAGGAAGACAGUGGUAACAGAGUGGGUACAUCUUCUACAGAAUUUGAGAUUGGGCAAUCAUUCCAGAGUAAAGAUGAAGCUGUGCUCAGUGUGAAGGACUAUAGCAUCCGGCGAGGUGUUGAGUACAGAGUCAUCGAAUCGGAUCACUUGAAGUAUCAUGGAAAAUGCAAGGAAUUCGGCAAGGGUUGUACUUGGUUGAUUCGUGUAGCGCUUCGUGCACGAAAGGGAACUUGGGAGGUUAGGAGGUACAACGGGCCACACACGUGCCUCGCAACUUCUAUUUCAAGUGAUCACCGUCAGCUGGAUUAUAACGUUAUAUGUGCGAGGAUUCUUCCUAUGGUUAGGGCGGAUGCUGCGGUUACGGUAAAGGUACUUCAACAAGCGACAGAAGCUGAUUACGGAUUCAGGCCUAGUUACAGGAAGGUGUGGAUGGCUAAGCAGAAGGCAGUGGCACAAAUAUAUGGAGAUUGGGAAGAGUCUUACGCGGAGUUACCCCGUUGGAUGCUAGGGAUCCAGGUGACAAUGCCGGGAACAAUCACGGUGCUGAAGACGUCUCCUGUUCAUAAACGUGCACUCUAG